AUGACAAGUUCUUUGCAAAUUGUGUAUGAAGUUCGGCAGAAAUUAAAGCUUUGCAAAGAUCUCUUAAAGAAGCUAAAGGAUGAAGAUAUAUGCAGUGUAGAUAGAAGGAUUUCCGAAUUCAACGAGCACCUCCUUAACCUGCAGAGCCAACUCACUACUAAUAUUGACCCUGACCUGAUGGAAGGGAAGAAAGGUGAUAGUGAAUAUGGCCUGCCUUCUAUAGAUUAUCAAUUUAUGAGACAAGGCCCUACUGUGAUUGUUUCACAACAAAGGGAUAUUCGUGCUGAGAUUACUAUAGAGGAAGUUAAGGUUGCUUUAAUUGAGAUUGAUGACAACAAAACCCUUAGAAUAGAUGGAGUUAAUGCAGCCUUUUCCAAGAGGCUUGGUGUAUUAUUCAAAAGGAUGUUUGCCAAGCUGUACAGAAUUUCUUUCAACACAACAGAAUGCUUAAGGCAGUUAACAACACUGGUUAUUUUAAUCCCUAAAAACGCCCAGCCAGAUUUCACGAGGGAUUUCAGAACCAUUGCCUGUUGUACUACUUUAUACAAGAUCAUUUCAAGGAUAAUUAAAGGGAUGUUAGAUGGUAUUGUGGGAAAAUCCAGUCAGCAUUAA